AUGGGUGUAGCAAACUUCGGAGCUACAGGUGACGGAAGUAAUGAUGAUACUAAGGCAUUUCAGGAUGCAUGGAAUGAAGCCUGUUCAUCCACAGCAGCUGUUACGUUAAUGGUACCUCCGGGAAAUAAUUAUCUUCUGAAACCUAUUAGAUUCUCAGGCCCUUGUACAUCUGACAUAACAGUUCAGAUUGCAGGAACCCUAGUAGCAUCUGAUGAUCCUUCCGACUACAGUAAAGAUAGAAAGCACUGGCUUGUUUUUGACAAUGUCAAAGAUUUAAUGCUUGAGGGUGGUGGAAUUAUUGAUGGCAACGGGAGCGUAUGGUGGAAAAAUUCCUGCAAAAUAGAUAAAUCUAAAAAAUGCAAGGAUGCACCCACGGCCUUAACAUUGUAUAACUGCAAAAACUUGGUAGUGAAGGACCUAAAGAUUCAAGAUGCACAACAAAUUCAUGUAUCCUUCCAGAAGUGCAAAAAUGUUCAGGCUUCAAAUCUCACGAUAUCUGCUCCCGAGGGAAGCCCUAACACCGAUGGCAUUCAUGUCACAAAAACCAAACACAUUCAAAUUUCGAAUUGUACAAUAGGGACAGGUGACGACUGCAUUUCAAUCGUCAGUGGAUCGCGAAAUGUCCAGGCGACGGACAUCACUUGUGGACCGGGUCAUGGCAUCAGUAUCGGAAGCUUGGGAUAUCGCAAUUCAGAAGCUUACGUCUCAGAUGUAGUCACGAAUGGAGCUAAGCUUUCAGGAACGAAAAAUGGAGUCCGGAUUAAGACAUGGCAGGGUGGAUCUGGAAGUGCAAGCAACAUCAAAUUUCAGAAUGUGGAGAUGCAAAAUGUGAUUAAUCCCAUAAUCAUAGACCAAAACUAUUGUGAUCAAGCUGAAUCAUGUGAAGAACAGAGUUCGACGGUACAAGUGAAAAAUGUAGUAUAUCAGAAUAUAAAGGGAACAAGUGCUUCAGAUGUAGCUAUAGUUUUGGACUGCAGCGAGAGCCAUCCAUGUCAAGGGAUCGUUUUUCAGAAUGUUGAUUUGGUACGUGAAGGAGGUGGAUCGGUUAAGGCCAGGUGCAACAAUAUUGAAUUAUUGUAUAAUCUGGGAAUCGUUUCACCAAUUUGUCCUCAGGCACAUUCACGUUUUGAUUUUGAAUCGUUAAUUCAAAGUGAAUUAGAAUAUUUCUAA